AUGCCAGAAUUGAAGACAUCUAUAGAUACUCAGCAUGGUAAAGCAGAGUCAGAACGUGACACCAAGCGACAGCAACAGCAAAAGAAGAAGAGAAAGAACCGGUCAGAAACAAAAACGAACGGAUUAACAGUAAAGAAACGCAGACACAGCCUCAGUAAGCCUGCUCGAGAUCCGCGUGAUCAGCCAUCACCAGGUAUUUCGGAGCCAGAGAGUAUCGAGUCAAAAUCUUCUAGUGCAGUUGUUGACUUUGAUGGUUUGAGUAGACCGAUUUGUCGCCCAGGUCUUGGAACGCGUGAACGAAAAGAAGAAUCUCCUGAAUCUGCGGCUGUGCGAAUGAAAAAGAUAGCCGAUGCAGUCCGCACUAUUAUCGAGUGCAUAGGAGAAGACCCUGAUCGCGAAGGCCUGCGCCGUACACCAGAACGUUAUGCCAAAGCUAUGUUGUACUUUACCCAGGGAUACCAAGAAAAUAUCAAAGAUAUUGUAAAUGAUGCUAUUUUUCACGAAGGACACAAUGAGCUAGUGAUUGUCAAAGAUAUUGAGGUAUUCAGUUUAUGCGAACACCACAUGGUGCCAUUUACAGGAAAAAUGCACAUUGGUUAUAUACCAGACAAAGAUGUCAUAGGAAUCUCAAAGCUUCCGAGAAUAGCCGACUUAUUUUCUCGGCGCCUACAAAUUCAAGAACGUCUCACCACAGAUGUGGCCCACGCUAUCAUGGAUGUUGUAAAGCCACAAGGAGUUGCGGUGGUCAUGGAGUCGAGCCAUCUUUGUAUGGUGAUGAGGGGGGUACAAAAAACCCAGGCUACAACUAUCACUAGCUGCGUUUUGGGCUGUCUCGAAAAGAGAGAUAAGACCCGAAACGAAUUCUUUAGCUUGGUCGGGCUAAACAGAUGA